UUGGUGUAAAAAAAGCAGGGGCGUGGUCAGACAUCUUCCCACCUUGGGGCGUAGCCACCUCGUGCAACUUCCCGCGGUCUCCUGGGUCAAUCGAGAAAGUAGUCUUACCCGGGCGUGAUGGCCCGGAAGCGGGCGGCCGCCAAGGAGCCGCGGGGACACGAACCGCGCAGCCAGAAGACCAAAGGCAGGAGCACGGCCCGGCGUGAGGAGAAGGAGGCAGAUGUCUUUGAAGAUAAAAAACCCCCGAAGGAGAAUCUGCUCUCAAAAGCCUCACAAGGAAAGAGGAAGAGGGGCUGCAAUGAUCCUGGGGGCCCAGCAGAUGGUCUAGCAAAAAAGAAAGUGGCCAAGGUAACUGUUAAAUCCGAAAACCUCAAGGUUGUAAAGGAUGAAGACUUCAGUGAUGCGGAAAAUUUCAGGGACUUUACAAGUGCCUGCAAGAAGGUGCACCAACCAAAGAGAGAGGCUGCCAUGGACAAAGACAGCCAUGAAGGAGAUGAUGAGGAGGAAAGUGAAGAUGAUUGGGAAGAGGUAGAAGAACUUAGUGAGCCUGUGCCAGGUGUUACGGGAGACAAUGCAGCCUUGUCUCAAUCUGUUCUGCCUGUGAAACCAGUGGAGAUAGAGAUUGAAACACCGGAGCAGGCGAAAGCAAGAGAAAGAAGUGAAAAAAUACAAAUGGAGUUUGAGACAUGUCUUCGGAGGCUGAUGAAACGUUUCAGUAAAGAGGUCCACGAGAACACACACAAGGUUCACCUUCUGUGCCUACUGGCAAAUGGCUUCUAUCGAAAUAGCAUCUGCAACCAGCCCGAUCUGCAGGCUAUCAGCCUGUCCAUCAUCCCAAUUCACUUCACCAGGGUGCCUGCUCAAGACGUGGACAUCUGCUACCUGUCAAACCUGGUGAAAUGGUUCAUUGGAACAUUUACAGUUAAUUCAGAGCUUUCAAUCAGUGAGCAAGACAACCUACGGACUACGUUGGAAAGAAGAUUUGCAAUUUACUCUGCACGAGAUGAUGAAGAAUUGGUCCACAUAUUUUUACUGAUUCUCCGGGCCCUACAGCUCCCAACCCGCCUGGUAUUGUCUCUCCAGCCAGUUCCUCUGAAGUUAUCAGCAGCCAAGGGAAAGAAACCUAAAGAGAGAUCCACAGAGGGUCCUGGAGGCUCCUCAGAAACUUCCAGCCAAGUUUCAGAAAACCAGACCAAACCAGAAACCAGCAGAGGAUCCAGAAAAAAGAACACUAGCAGUCCAAGUGCCAAAAGGAAGAGGGGCAAGGCAGCAGCCAUCGGGAAGAAACGGAGAGAGUCCUCCUCCUGUGGGGAAGAAGAGGACACAGUGGAAGAGCAGGAAGAGGAGACCCAGAGACACGUUCAUGUCCGGAAGCUGCGGACGGCCUCCAGGGUGUCUUAUAAAGAGGAGAGUGGGAGUGACAAGGCCGGCAGCGCCUCCGACUUUGAGCUCUCCAGUGGGGAAGCUCACCAUCCAUCUGAUGAGGAUUCUGAGCCUGGUCCUUCAAGGCAGAGGAGGGCUCCAGCCUCUCAAGGGACAAAGGCAGGGUCCAGAAGUAAAUCCAAGACCCAACAUGGAAGCCACCCUAAGCACCCUGGCUUUCCAGCAGCAUCCACAAGCUCUUCGAGCACUAAGAGUAAGAGAAGCAAGAAAAUGUCCAGCGAUGGUGAGGGGACAGAAAAAGGAAAAGUGGCAGGUGUGGACCAGUGGCUAGAGGUGUUCUGUGAGCAGGAGGAAAAAUGGGUGUGUGUGGACUGCGUGCAUGGUGUGGUGGGCCAGGCUCUGACAUGUUACAGAUACGCCACCAAGCCCAUGACCUACGUUGUGGGCAUUGACAAUGAUGGCUGGGUUCGGGAUGUCACCCAGAGGUAUGACCCAGCCUGGAUGACAGCAACCCGCAAGUGCCGCGUUGAUGCCAAGUGGUGGGCUGAAACCUUGAGACCCUACCAGAGCCCACUGGUGGAAAGGGAAAAGAAAGAAGACUUGGAGUUUCACGCAAAGCACCUGGACCAGCCUUUGCCUUCUGUCAUCGGCACAUAUAAGAACCACCCUCUGUACGCCCUGAAGCGGCACCUCCUGAAAUACGAGGCCAUCUAUCCCGAGACAGCUGCGAUCAUUGGAUACUGUCGUGGGGAAGCUGUCUACUCCAGGGAUUGCGUGCAUGUCCUGCACUCCAGGGACACAUGGCUGAAAGAAGGAAGAGUGGUGAGGCUUGGAGAAGUGCCCUACAAGAUGGUGAAAGGCUAUUCCAACCGGGCCCGGAGAGCCCGCCUUGCUGAGCCCCAGCUGCAGGACCACAAUGACCUGGGCCUGUUUGGCAGGUGGCAGACAGAAGAGUACCAGCCACCUGUGGCUGUGGACGGAAAGGUCCCCCGGAAUGAAUUUGGGAACGUGUACCUGUUCGUGCCCAACAUGAUGCCUGUUGGCUGUGUCCAACUGAAUCUGCCCAACCUGCACCGUGUGGCUCGUAAGCUUGGCAUCGACUGUGCCCAGGCCAUCGUCGGCUUCGAUUUCCAUAGGGGCUACUCCUGUCCCGUAACUGACGGGUAUGUAGUCUGCGAGGAAUACAAAGACGUGCUCCUGGCCGCCUGGGAAAAUGAGCAGGCGCUCAUUGAAAAGAAGGAGAAGGAGAAAAGGGAGAAGCGGGCUUUAGGGAACUGGAAGCUGCUGGUGAAAGGACUGCUCAUCAGGGAGAGGCUGAGGCUUCGCUAUGGGGACAAGAGUGAGACGGCAGCCCCGUAUGCAGCGGAAGGUGGACUUUCUUCAGACGAAGAGGAAGGAACGAGCUCUCAGGCAGAAACAGCCAGGAUCCUGGCUGCUUCCUGGCCCCAAAACCGAGAGGCUAAGGAGGAGAAGCAAGCAAAGUGCCCUAAGAAAACCAGAAGGGAAAAAGCAGCAGCUUCCCACCUGUUCCCAUUUGAGAAGCUAUGAUGAGUGGCCAUGUUGUGAGGGGCUGUGCCCCACGGGCCCCGCACUUGCUGCAGGGGAUGCCCAGGCCUGGAGCUGGCGGUGUCUCCACUAAGACUAUAAACAGGCAUCAUGUACGGCAGACAAGGAUCCAAGGGACAGAGGGUCAAACUGAGGUGGUGCUGCAGGUCUGGUCUGGCUCCAGACCUUGUCAUAAUCACUCACCAUAGGGCUGGCCCUGAAAGCUUUUUACUCCUGCAACCCUAUGCCUUGAGCUACAGAACACUUCCCUGGAGACCCUCCUGCACCUAGACCUGGUUCUUCCCAUUUUUGGAAAGUGAGUUUUUUAAUAGAAACCACUGGGAAAUUUUCAGACCGUGAUACAUUAGGAAUGUACUAGUCCUUUUUUCCAGGCAGAUCCUUCAUCUGUCAGACAUUUGUGCUCUCACCUCUCUUGCAGACUGUGGACCCUCUCUCUCUGCAGGCCACUCAUUGUCCCUCAGUCAGGUUUACUAAUACUGCCGAAUGCUGUCUCUUUCUAGUAUGGGGAGCACAGGUCACCUCAGACUGGUAUUGUUGGGAUCCACUUUUCAUAGCUACAUAUCAUGAUGACAGAAGAGUAGAAUAAGAAACUAAAAUCAGGAAGAUCGAAAAGGCAAAGCUCUAACUCAGAACUAAAGAAAUAUUAGAAAAAGUGGGUCAUUGUUAAAAGAGAAUUAUUCAUUACUGGGUAAAUUUCACAAAGCUCUAUGCACUAUAGAUAUUCAGGAGAAAUAACAUUUUGAGAAAAAAU